AAGACUAAGAAGGUUUUUGCUAGGGUUUAUCCCAGGCUUCUUCUCGAUCUCCCAUCGUUCUCGUUGAUCUUCAUCUCUACAUCGCUGCCAUGGCUGGGAAAUCCCAAGAAGAGCUUCUCGCUGCGCAUCUCGAGCAGCAAAAGCUCAAUCCAGAUGAACCUGUAGUUGAAGAUGACGAAGCUGAGGAUGAUGAUGACAAUGAAGAUGAUGAUAAAGAUGAGGAUGAUGUUGAAGGACAACAUGGUGAUGCGAGUGAAAGGUCAAAGCAGAACAGACGUGAGAAGAAGAGUCGGAGAGCCAUGCUAAAACUUGGAAUGGUUCCCAUGGCUGGCAUCAAGCAGGUCACUGUGCGAAAGAGCAAGAGUAUAAUAUUCGUUAUCUCCAACCCAGAAGUUUAUGCAAGCCCAGAAACUGACACUUAUGUUGUCAUUGGGGAAGCGAAGAUUGAGGACCUGAGCUCUCAGCUGCAGAAUGCGGCAGAAAAAUUUAAGGUUCCUGAUUUGAGCCAUGUGAUCUCGAAGCCUGAGACAUCAUCCAUGGCUGAGGACAAUGAGGAUGUUGAUGAGACGGGGGUUGAGCCGAAGGACAUUGAGUUGGUAAUGACACAGGCCGGGGUUUCAAAGUCUAACGCUAUCAAAGCUCUCAAAGCAGCAGACGGCGACAUUGUUUCCGCCAUCAUGGAGCUCACUAACUGAUAAGAGUGAUUUAUCCUACAGAAAAUACGAACCACAUAUCACCAUGGUUGCUAGUAAUAUGUUUUUAACAACUUGGAGUAUUCUUGGAGUUUUGGUGACAACCAAGUUGAUUUUGAUGUCAUACAUACUAAGAUUGAAGAAAAGAUCGGAUGAUUUUAAAAAUUUAGAUGUGGUUGCUGUUAACUCUAACA